ACACCCACACCCGGCGCCCUGAGCGAGCGAGCGAGGCCUCGGCCGUCCCCCGGAGCACAAGCGCAGCCGCUCAGCGCCGUGAGGCUUCGGAGGGAACCUGCCCGCGGCACGGGCUGUCCAUAGGCCCGCCUCUAGCUUCAAUCCGGUCCCUGAAUUUCGCAUUAGGGAGGAGGCGGCGCCUCGUGGCAGCAGCAGGAGGAGGGACGUUCCCAGGAGUUGUGCAAGCGGUUGUGAGCAGCGCAAGGAGGCCAAGCAGGUUUUGUGACUGCACCCCACACAGGAGCUGCUGGCAGUUUAGUUGUGUAAGCAGUAUCUGCAGAAAGACAGAGGAGAGAAGGAAAAGGUGGAAAGAAGUAGUGAAUUAUUUGUGAAGCUGAGGCAUCGUCCUAAUUGCUGCAACCUGCAUCCUCUCGUGUUCUUUUUGUGCAGACCCAGGUGAAGGACUUUACUCCCCCUCCCCAGAACGAUCCAGGCAACAAGAAGACAAACGGAGUAAGUGAAGACCACAGAGAGCCAUUGAUCCAUGUCUGCUUGAGGAGGCAACUGGCAAAUUAAACUGAAAAGAAGCUGUCUUAUUUGUUGCCCUUACAAGAUUUACCAUGUUUGGGACUGUGGUCAUUGGGAUUGGGAUUGCAGGAUCUGUGCGGAUCAGGGACUUGCUGAAUCCUUUGCCUUCCAGUCCUGCUGAGCAUCUCAGACUGUUGGGCUUUGUGUCUAGGAGACCUCUAGGUGAUGUUCAAAAAGUCAAGCAGAUAAGUCUACAAGAAGCUGUGGACAGCAAGGAGGUCGCUGCUGCCAUCGUCUGUACAGAUAACCAGAACCACAGCGAGACUGUCAGGAUGUUCCUGGAGGCUGGGAAACAUGUCCUUGUCGAGUACCCUUUGGCGCUGUCUGCAAAGGAAGCACGUGAGCUGUGGGAGUUGGCAGAGCAGAAAGGCAAAAUCCUCCACGUGGAACAUAUUGAACUCCUGACUGAGGAGUACAAGCAGCUGAAGAAAGAGGUGGCGGGGAAGGAGCUUGUGAAGGGAACCUUGCACUUCACAGGUGGUGCAUUGGAUGAAGAACGCUCAGGGUUCCCAGCUUUUAGUGGAAUUGCUCGUCUGACUUGGCUAGUUGAUCUUUUUGGGGACCUCACUGUUGUAUCUGCCACGAGGGAAGAGCAGAAAGAGAGAAAUUACUCCAGAAUGACUGCACAGUUUCAGACUGCAAAAAAGAGACCCCUGACUUGGAUUGAAGAAAGGGCACCAGGGAUGAAGCGGGACAAGGCCAUCAACUUCUGCUUCACAAGCGGGUGCUUGGAGAGUCUUCCCGAGGCCCCCCGUUCACAAGUUGGCAUCUUCAUGCAAGACCUGAUCCUCUUUGCCAAAAAGCUUUUGGGCCAGACAUCCCAAGAGGAAGUAGUGGCUGAAAAGAGGCGGAUUCUGCUGUGUCUCGACCUUGCCGAAGAGAUUCAAAGGCUCUGUGAGCGGCCAGUGAACAUCUACUCUUGAAACUGCUUGGGACUCGGGGCUGGGCUGCUUAGAACUGCUGCUGCUGCCGCCGCUGCUGCUGCUGCUGCUGCUGCUCCAGAAAUUGUUCUUUCUACCAUUCCCUUCUAACUUGCCAGACUCUCCAUUGUGACCAGUAAGACUUUUCUAACAAUUUCGGGCCAGUCCAGGUUUCCCAUGUACUUUACAGGUUUGGUUUAACCUGGCAAAAUGAAUAGUGUACCACUUUUGGCUUGCCUUAGUGAAGGAGUUGGCAAAAUGUAGCCUUCCAGCCCUUCAGACCUUCUUUUCUUUCCCCAGGACAUACCUUCUCCCUGGCCAUAUUCCUUCACCCCAGACCACACUCCUCACCAGCCUGGCUUUGUACCCUCCAUGAGUGCUUUUGCCUGGGUAGAAUGUGCUCUUGAAGUCUGGUAAUACUUGCUUUGCUUGGGUGGAAGACAAGAGGUAUAGGCACAUGUGUCGCCUACUGUUCAGAGGUAAAAUACAUGCAUUCGUUUCCUCUACUUUACCUUUGGCCCUGCCCACAACUGCCAUGGGUUGUGCAGAAGGGAUGCAGCCCUCGGGCUGAAAAGGUCCCCCACCCAAGCCUUAGUGUGUGGCAUCUUUCCAUUCAAAAGCCAGUGAACAAAUAUCUGGGUGCAUUGCUUCUGCUGGAGAUGCAACGGCAGGAGUGUGUGCCAUCUCAGCGAAUUACCUUCUGGUAGAAGAAACUUGGGAGUACUACACCCAAACUGCCUCUCAGCUGCUUUGCUAAAUGGAUCUGGUGCUAGUUUGUCCCUGCUCCUGCCCUAUUGCUUUGCGUCUGAUGAGGGCCAUUCCAAUGUUAUAAUGCCUGAAGCAAAAACCAACUAACCCAAUGGCAUCCACUCUUCAUUGAUUAUUAUGGGGUACAGUUGCUGGGAAACUCUACUGUGCAAUAGCCUUACUGUACCCUGUUGUUUCUAACUUAAGGGAAAGUCUACCUAAAUUGUUGUACGUGUGACCCUUAAAAGUACUUUUACUGAAAAUUCUGUUGCUGGACUAUCAUUAGCUCCUCUCUUCACUCAUAGAAAUGGUCUAGAGGUGUACAGCGAGUGACAUGAAAAAUUGGGGAGGACCAUAGAUCUCAGCUGCAACAAAUUCUGUAAUCUUGAAACUAUGUUUUGGAGAUAACAGAAAUUUCCCUAUAUGCUGCCGAGCUUACAGUGUUUUGUUCAUGCUAGCAGACAAUUCUUUUUUAAUGGCCAAAAUUCUAUAAACUGCCAGUUAGUGUAAGCUUUAUAGAGCCAAAAUUAUUAUUAUUUAUUUAUUUUCUAUACCGCCUUAUAUCUGAAGGUCUCAGGGCGGUUCACAUAAAAUGAAAGCCAUUGGCCUGAAUCAAAGGGAGUUGGGAAUUUUCACAAUAUAGAAAUGUUUUCCGACUCUCCUGCCCCUCCCAGGGAAGCGAAGAAAGUCAGUUGUUGCCUCGGGAAAUUGGUAUCACUUACAUGGGAAAGUGUAGUGCAUUUGAGUUGGAUCCAGAGUGAGGCUGGAAAUCCUAUGCCCAGUUACCAGGGAGUAAACCCCAUUGAAUUCAGUAGGAUUUGAAGAAAACAUGUAUAGGAUUACACUGUUAGUUCAACAUGAGUGGCAUUUAAAUAAGCGGAACAAGUUCAUAAUGACUUAACGCUUAUUGAUUUCUGUUGGAAGAAAUUUCAGUUAACUCACUCUGGAUCCAGCCCCUUGUUUUUUGAAAAAAUACUGCAGUUUUUACAAACAAAGGGCCUUUUUAUUUUAAUUUUUAAGACUGAUUUUUUUUAAAGAGAGAGAGAAAAGUCACUCACAUUCUGUGAUCUUCAGAGAUAGCACCUAAAAGCUACUCAUUUAGCAGCAGAGAUAGCACCUAAAAGCUACUCAUUUAGCAUAUGCAUGUUUACUCAGAAGUAAGUCACAUUUAUCUGGGUGUUAAACCCAUUGAUUUAUGGAGGGCUUAUUUCUGUAGACAUACAUAGGAUUGCAUUGGAAGCAAUGCCAGAUAAGAGUUAAGUGGAAUGUUGUUGCUUGCAGUUAUCUUUGUCCAGUUUAACUAUAUUUUAUUGCUGAUACAAAUGGAACUGAAGGAGGCAAAUUGUUGGUCGUUGUAUGCCUUUAAUGGCUGCCUCAGUUUUUUGUUUUCAGAAACGCCUCUGUUUCCUUGGAACCCUUUAUGUGAUGCACUGAAAUGCCUUGAUGCAUGCCUCAGAAACAUGAUUUUGUUGAUACAUUGUGCUAUAAAGUAUGCUGGUGAUUAUUAUAUGUGCUGCCUUGACUUUAAUAAAGACAUCUGAGCUCCAUUUACUCUUUCAUCAUUCUGUUUUCCUUCCUUCAUUUCUGCUCCCUGCAAUCUGGUCAUCUGGUGCGUCUUGCUUUAAAGCUGCUCAUGCUCUCUAAAUUGCUGGACAAUUUUCCUAUAUGCUUGACGGAGAACCCCACUAACUUAAAUCAUAGUCCUAUGUACCUUGCAAUAGUAAACAUGGUGUAUGUACUGUACCUUUCCCAAGUACCUGUGUGACUGAAAAUACAGGUGUUAAUCCUGUUUAGAGAGAAUCUGCAUGUUUCAUAAGGGUCCCGAGAUUUAUACAGUUUUACAGGCCAAAACCAGCAUCCUGAAUUGGCUUGGAAACAAACUGAUGCCUCUUGCUUUUCAGGACAGAUAGAAUAAUAGAAUCAUAGAGUUGGAAGAGACCACAAGGGCCAUCCAGUCCAACACCCUGCCAAGCAGGAAACACCAUCAAAGCAUUCUUGACAUAUGGCUGUCAAGCCUCUGCUUAAAGACCUCCAAAGAAGGAGACUCCACCACACUCCUUGGCAGCAAAUUCCACUGUUAAAUAGCUCUUACUGUCAGGAAGUUCUUCCUAAUGUUUAGGUGGAAUCUUCUUUCUUGUAGCUUGAAUCCGUGUCCACUUCUCUGGAGCAGCAGAAAACAACCUUUCUCCCACUUCCGUUUGGAUUGCCGUAGAAUAUGGCUGAAAAUACCAUCUCUACAGUUCCCACGGGGUAAUUUACGGGGCUGUAAAUGGGAGUAUGCAGCCUCCCGAAAUCUUCCCGGGGGGGGGGUGUACGGGAAGAUGCAGUCUCAUCCGCAGAUGCCCACCACCAGCUUCAACUUCGGAAGGAAGGAAGGGCUGGGUGCACUGGAUGGAAAGCUCCCAUGGGAGCCUGGAUCUCCCAGGAUGCCGACUCUGAGCAAAAACAGGCUCCAUGACAAGAGAAAGAUUGGAUAUAAGUUGUGGACAUGCUUCAGACAAGGAAAGAAGAUUUAUUCUGCAAAGCUCAGCCACUGAGAAAACAAAAGAUAACAGAGGAAUGUACCCAGGAGCAAGAAAUGGUAUGUGACGGAGCUGAAGGGGGGAGCGAGAACUUUAUAAUUCUGCUUUACUGUGCUUUACAAUUCACCUAACCAAACUCCCACCUGAAACAACAUUUAUAAAGAAAGUGAGGUUGAAAAGUAGGAAAUUUAUUGAAUUAACAUGGUUUCUUAAAUAUAUAAACUGUGUGAAUUGAAAAUAUAAAUAAUCAAAGUAUGCUUGGAUUCACUUGGAAUGUGGUUAAAGAUUCCUUAAAACAUGGACAUCAAAGAGAAGCAAUCUCAUUAGCGGCUGGAAACUUGUCAGGAAACUUCUGAGUUACGACGCAAUUAUAAUUUAGGUUCCGCCAUAUUGGAGAUAAAGCCGGCUACGAUAUUAGUCAAAGGGGGAGAGAGCCAUAAAUAAGACAUUAGAUGUGUGUUUAUAGUUCUGACUUGGCAAAAUCUCCCCUGAAAAGGCUAUAUUGAGUAGCGAUCUUGAGCAAUCUGGAGAAAACAUCACAGAGGCUUAAAGAUUUGAUUUAUGGGGACUGCUCAAAGAUGGUAGCUACUGGCUGUGAGAAGGAUCUUUGGAUUUCUGGACGGACUUUGCAAGAUACCAGCGUGCGAAGAGGCAGUGCUAAUUUACAGAGGAAUCAUAAGCAUAAAUUCACACAGAAAAAUUUACGGUUAAGUCAAACUUGCUUGCUCGAAUAACUCAGGGGCUUGAAAGAAGAUAUAAGGAUUUUAAUAGAUUAUUGGAUAAGAUCUGGACUAUAUUGAUGACUUAUUUUUCAGAAACCCAUGCUGACUUUUUGUGAUCACAGCGUUCCUUUCUAGGUGCUCACAGACUGUUUGCUUAAUGAUCUGCUCUAGAAUCUUUCCUGGUAUUGAUGUCAGGCUGACUGGGCGGUAAUUGUUUGGGUCCUCUCUUUUCCCCUUUUUGAAAAUAGGGAUAACAUUUGCCCUCCUCCAGUCUGCUGGGACUUUGCCUAUACUCCAGGAAUUCUCAAAGAUUAUUGCCAGUGGUUCUGAAAUCACCUCUGCCAGUUCUUUUAAUACUCUUGGAUGUAGUUCAUCUGGCCCUGGAGACUUGAAUACAUCUAAACUAGCCAAGUAUUCUUGUACUACCUCCUUACUUAUUCUGGGCUGUGUUUCCCCUGCUGAAUCAUCUGCUCCAUAUUCUUCAGGUCGGGCAUUGUUUUAUUUUUUGGAGAAGACUGAGGCAAACAAGGCAGAUGAGUGUGUAUAAAUGGUAGGUUACCUACAAUUUUUGUCUUUUGUCCUGUUUUCCACUGGCUUGUCUCCCCUAGAAGGGAAUGUUCCUCAGUCCAUCCCAUUCUCUAUGCCUUAAUUAAUAUAUAGGAUUCUUCCCUUACUUGGUAGUUUGUUUAUGUAACUACCAAGUAAAGCCUGCCUUUCAGGAAUCAAAUUGUGGACUGAAAUGUGAGUAAACUUUUACACAGAAAGACUUUUGUGUCUUUAUUCUUUUAAGAGGGAUUAAAGGGGACACCAGGAACGAAGAGAUUCAAACGAAUCUGCAAACUAGCUUCCAGCUAUAUUGAGGGGAAUCUGCUCUGCUACAUCACUUACUAGCGUGAAUGAAGGAAGGAUAUGGUAGUAUUUAUUCAAUAUAUCCUUUCCUACUAUCCUUAAUUAAGUCUAAUUGAGGAGAUAAUUCCCCCGUCUUCACUUUCCUCAACAAUUCAUUCUUCUUAUGUGCUUUAACUUACAUUUGUAUAUCAAAUGUUGUUCUGUGUACUUUGAUAUGAACUGUAAUAAGCUGCAGCUUUAAAAAAUGGUAAUCCUCUCAAGAUGGCCUCCCACUAGCAGAACUGGUCCAAUUGGAUUCAUCAUCUGAUCUAAUUGGUCUCUGUCAGGCCGGCCAGCCCCCCCUUGUCCCUGAAUUACCUAUUUAUUACAGAGAAAAUGGCAUUGCGCUUUCCUUUUGGUGUCUUUCUAGAGUCCAUCAGCUUUGACCUGAAGGAUUACCCACACUCUCAAGAGGGUGCUGGAGGAGACUCUUGAGAGUCCCAUGGACU